AGAGCGCCAUUACUGUACCCUUCACACUCCUCCACCAUGGCCAGUAAAGCCGCCUACAAACGUUUGACGAAAGAGUAUGUGAACAUGCAGAAGGAACCUCCGCCAUUUGUAUGGGCAAUACCAGACGAGAAGAACAUCUUGACAUGGAACUAUAUUAUUCGCGGACCCCCGGAUUCUCCUUUCGCUGGCGGAGAGUAUCAUGGAGUCCUCAUGUUCCCGUCAGAAUACCCCUUCAAACCGCCUGGGAUAAAGAUGUAUACGCCAUCAGGACGCUUCCAACCAGAUAAGAAGAUCUGUUUCUCCAUGUCCGAUUUCCAUCCCGGCAGCUGGAAUCCUGCCUGGAGUGUCGCGACAAUCCUGACAGGUCUCCUCUCCUUCAUGCUAUCCGACGAGCUUACAACGGGAUCGGUAACAUCGUCAGACUCGGAUAAGCGUGCCUAUGCCGCUCGGAGCCAUGCAUGGAAUUUGAGCCAGCGCAAGUUCAGGGAGGCUUUUCCGGAGUUUUGUACACCGAACCCCCGGGAUUUACCAAACAUGGGGGAGAAGGAGCGGGGCAAACCUCCUGCGCCGGAAACCACGAAUACCUCUCCAUCUGUGUCUGCUUCACCUGCUCCCACCGGAUCCCAGGUGUCACACCGCACCAACGCUGUCCUGCUGGAUGCGACGGCGUCCCAAUCCGGUCGGGCGUCCUCCGCCGUGCAGCCUUCGCAGGGUGGCGAUAAACCGAAAGGUACGGGGGCUGGGUGGGCAGACGCCUGGCGCCAGAUUAUCUGGGAGAAGUGGCGAUGGGGUUUGCUCAUCGCUCUUGCAGUCAUCGUUUCCAGGGUGUCCUCGAGCAACUAACCCGGGGACAGGCCCUGGGCUCGCGGAUGGACUGCUGGUUUUUUGGAGUAUGUUUGUCAGCACACCUGUGCGAUGAUUGUUCCCACUAAGUAUUAUUACCACUGUCCUUAAUUUUCAAGUCUUCUCUAUUCAUCCCUGGUAUAAGUGUUACAUCACUCUUUUCUUUGUCCGAGGACUUGUUGGAUACCACGAUUGUGUAUGUUAGGUGUAGUAGUUCACGGGGUAACAGUUUACCGAUGGUUAUGAAGGAAUAAUAGACGUGUUACUUCCUGUCUCCCACAAUCGUGUUACAGGACCGAGGACCCCACUCACGAGGGGUUCCACUAUUCUCCAGAUGUCCUCCGUGACGAGGUCUAUGUCCUGCCCUGCGUCCACGACGACCCACCUUUGCUCUCUGCUUGUUUCGCUACCAAUCCUCUGAAAUACCUCCCGCACCAUUCUUUGCAUCUCCUCCUUCUCGUACCGCUCUUCGCCGUACCCGCCGCGCUGCUUCGCCUUCUCCGGCGUGAUGUCCAGG